GCUGACCCCAACCGCUCCACCGUAGACCGGAGCUUGAGCACGGGUCUGGGAGCUCGCUGCCCCGUGCCGACCCUCGCAGCUAGCAGGUACUGCUGGGUUCCAAGCCCAGGGCUCUGGGCCGGUGACCCUGUUCUCUCUACUCCCCCUCUUUGACCUUGGGUGCCGUCCACCCCUCUGUUGCCAUGAAGAUCGCGGUAAUCGGGCAGAGCCUGUUUGGCCAGGAGGUUUACUGCCAGCUAAGGAAGGAGGGCCAUGAGGUGGUGGGUGUCUUCACUAUCCCUGACAAGGAUGGGAAAGCAGAUCCCCUGGGCCUGGUGGCUGAGAAGGAUGGCGUGCCUGUGUUCAAGUUCCCUCGGUGGCGGGCUCGAGGACAGGCUCUGCCCGAGGUGGUGGCCAAAUACCAGGCUCUGGGUGCCGAGCUCAACGUACUGCCCUUCUGCAGCCAGUUCAUCCCCAUGGAAGUCAUCAACGCCCCCCAGCACGGCUCCAUAAUCUACCACCCAUCCCUGCUACCCAGACACCGAGGGGCUUCGGCCAUCAACUGGACCCUCAUUCAUGGGGAUAAGAAAGGGGGCUUCAGCAUCUUCUGGGCUGAUGAUGGCUUGGACACUGGGGACCUUCUGCUCCAGAAGGAGUGUGAGGUGCUUCCAGAUGACACCGUGAGCACCCUGUACAACCGUUUCCUCUUCCCGGAGGGCAUCAAAGGGAUGGUGCAGGCCGUGCGGCUGAUCGCAGAGGGCACAGCCCCCCGUGUCCGCCAGCCUGAGGAAGGAGCCACCUAUGAGGGCAUUCAGAAGAAGGAGACGGCCAGGAUCAACUGGGACCAGCCAGCAGAGGCCAUCCACAACUGGAUCCGUGGGAAUGACAAGGUGCCAGGUGCCUGGACAGAGGCCUGUGGGCAGAAGCUGACAUUUUUCAACUCGACACUCAACACUUCUGGCCUGGUGGCCCAGGGAGAGCCUUUGCCCAUCCCAGGAGCCCAUCGUCCAGGCCUGGUCACCAAAGCAGGACUCAUCCUGUUCGGGAAUGAUGAUAAAAUGCUGCUGGUGAAGAACAUCCAGCUGGAGGAUGGCAAGAUGAUGCCAGCCUCCCAGUUCUUCAAAGGGUCUGCCAGCAGUGCCCUGGAGCUGACAGAGGCAGAGCUAGCCACUGCAGAGGCUGUGCGGAGCUCUUGGAUGCGAAUCCUGCCCAACGUCCCAAAGGUAGAAGACUCUACAGACUUCUUCAAGUCGGGGGCUGCAUCAGUAGAUGUUGUGAGGCUGGUGGAGGAAGUGAAGGAGCUGUGUGAUGGGCUGGAGUUAGAGAAUGAAGACGUUUACAUGGCUACCACCUUCGGGGACUUCAUCCAGCUCCUAGUGAGGAAGCUGAGAGGGGAAGACGAAGAGAGCGAGUGUGUCAUUAACUAUGUGGAAAGGGCGGUGAACAAGCUGACUCUCCAAAUGCCCCACCAGCUCUUCAUCGGGGGCGAGUUCGUGGAUGCUGAGGCUUCCAAGACCUAUGACACCAUCAACCCAACGGACGGAAGUGUCAUCUGCCAGGUGUCCCUGGCCCAGGUGAGUGAUGUUGACAAGGCAGUGGCGGCAGCGAAGGAGGCCUUUGAGAACGGACUGUGGGGGAAGAUUAACGCACGUGACCGGGGCCGGCUCCUGUACAGGUUGGCAGAUCUCAUGGAACAGCACCAGGAAGAGCUAGCCACCAUCGAGGCCCUGGACGCAGGUGCGGUCUACACACUGGCCCUGAAGACGCACGUGGGCAUGUCCAUCCAGACUUUCCGCUACUUUGCUGGCUGGUGUGACAAAAUCCAGGGUGCCACUAUCCCCAUCAACCAAGCUAGACCCAACCGCAACCUGACCUUGACCAAGAAGGAACCUGUGGGGGUCUGUGGCAUUGUCAUCCCCUGGAACUACCCCCUAAUGAUGCUAUCCUGGAAGACCGCAGCCUGCUUGGCUGCUGGGAACACUGUGGUAAUCAAGCCUGCCCAGGUGACCCCACUCACAGCCUUGAAGUUUGCCGAGCUGACGCUGAAGGCUGGCAUUCCCAAGGGCGUGGUCAACAUCCUCCCUGGAUCCGGCUCGCUGGUUGGCCAGAGACUCUCAGACCACCCUGACGUGAGGAAAAUAGGGUUCACAGGUUCCACAGAGGUGGGAAAACACAUCAUGAAAAGCUGUGCCCUGAGUAAUGUGAAGAAAGUCUCCCUGGAGCUGGGCGGGAAGUCGCCCCUUAUCAUCUUUGCGGACUGUGACCUCAACAAGGCUGUGCAGAUGGGCAUGAGCUCCGUUUUCUUCAACAAAGGAGAGAACUGCAUUGCAGCGGGCCGGCUGUUCGUGGAGGACUCCAUCCACAACCAGUUUGUGCAGAAAGUGGUGGAGGAGGUGGGGAAGAUGAAAAUCGGCAACCCCCUGGACAGAGACACCAACCACGGCCCGCAGAACCACGAGGCCCACCUGAGGAAGCUGGUGGAGUAUUGCCAGCGCGGUGUGAAGGAAGGGGCCACGCUGGUCUGUGGUGGGAAUCAAGUCCCAAGGCCAGGCUUCUUCUUCCAGCCAACAGUCUUCACAAACGUGGAGGAUCACAUGUACAUCGCUAAGGAGGAGUCCUUCGGGCCCAUCAUGAUCAUCUCUCGGUUUGCCGAUGGGGAUGUGGAUGCCGUGCUGUCUCGGGCCAAUGCCACAGAGUUUGGCCUAGCCUCUGGUGUCUUCACCCGGGAUAUCAACAAGGCUUUGUAUGUCAGUGACAAACUCCAGGCUGGCACUGUGUUCGUCAACACAUACAACAAGACUGAUGUGGCCGCACCCUUCGGAGGAUUCAAACAGUCGGGAUUUGGCAAAGAUCUGGGAGAGGCCGCCCUGAAUGAGUACCUGCGGGUCAAGACCGUGACUUUUGAGUACUGAAGCCAGGUCUCCACGGUGCUUCUCCUGUAUCCUGUUGGCCUCUCCCCUCAGGGACCCCGGCCCCUGUCUGGUAGCUCAGAACCCUCCUGUCCACAGCACCACUCCCUGAAGUCUCUGGAGCUAUCAGCCUGCGCCCCUGCUGGCGACAGGACACCCUCAGAAGUGGCUCCAGUGGAGUGGGCAGCCAUGUCCAGGAUGAAUAAAGAUGUGAGCAGGGACAGCUUGUACUUUGUGUCGCCGCUCUGUCUGGGUGUCCCGGAUGGUCCCAGAAGGAACAGUUACCUUGUGUCUGGGGCAUAUAGCAUCACUUGGCCUUCAGAGAAUGAAACUCUUUAGUGGCUACCAGGAGGAAAUGCGUGUGUCAGCACAUGCCUCCAAAGGCAAGAGCUGAGGUCCAUGCGAGAGGCUCUGGAGAAGGGUAACUCCCCAGAAACAGCAAGUGGGACUUGCAGGGCAAGCCCUGGGCCAUGAAGCAGGCCAGCCUCCUCUGUAAGGACCCCGGUCCUCUCCAGACACUCAGUGGACUUGAGCAGUCAUGAUGGCAGCCUGGGGCUUCGCCCUGCCUGACAUCUAAGACCUGGGCAGCACCCCGUCUUCUACCAACUGUAUUCCUUGUCAUCUUAUACCACCCCACCCCAGCCAGGACAUAGCCCCUGCAAGUCUUCUGCUCCCUGUGUGCUCACCUGGGGAUGCCCGAGGCCCUCUGCCCUGUAUCCUCAUCCUAGAGGUCCCCCACACCACAGACUUGCCAUUGCCUUGGUUUACCCUUCAUGUUCGUUUCAUUCUUGGCCCCGACAACCACUACCACCUCUCUCUGGCUCUGCCUUUCUGAGUCCAAAAGUUUUUAAAGCCUUCUCUGCCCUUCCUCAACUCCCCCGGCCAAGCAGGGAGUGACCUAGACCAGCCUAUUUUUGUGGGGGAAAGAUUUCAAGCAGGCCUAUGUGGUAUCCUGGCCUUCCUCCACAUCCCCACCCAUCUCCUUCCUAAGCACAGCACAAGCCUCAUAGUGGCAUUUUGGUCAGUGGGAAGCCGCAUGCCUGACAUUGGUCCCAGAAGAUGGCAGUGGAUUUAAGAACUCCUACCACCUAUGAUGUCAUAAGGGGUGUGAUGUAAACACGUCACUCCUGUACCUGCGGUGGAGCUGUGGAAACCCCACUGCAUGGCUGCUGGAGUGUGAAAUUGCAGCC